UCUUGUAGAAUGGGGGUGAUGUGGUUCUGCUUCUUUGAUCUAGCGAUGAGCCGUGCUGCUGAAUUCUGAAUUCUUUGGAGUUUAGAGAGGUCCUUAUCAGGAAUGCCAUACAGGAGACUGUUGCAGUUAUCUAGAAGAGAUGAGACAAAGGCGUGAAUCAAGCAGCCAGCUUAAAAAGCGAGAGAGACACUUUAAACAGUAAAACAUGGAGUGUGGCGAUGCACUUUCUAAGAUUACCCGCACCCUGGACAUCGAAGGGAGCAACAUCUCGCAGGCGGCUCGUCGGCUGGGGCAGAAAUGGGAGUGUCAGAGGUCAACUGGAUCCUUCAGUACCGAUUCCACAUCAUUUGCUCUAUGUGCAUUGUUUGUUGCAAGCACUAUGCAAAGAUCUUCUGAAGACGGAAGCGAUACUUCUGGAACUAUGACCCCGACUCUGUCCGACCUUCUUGAGGCAGCAGAUGUACAUAUAAAGCGAUUCUUUGAUUGGAUGGGAAGGCUACAGGCAGACUUUACAUUCGACCCAGUCGUCAAACCACGCCUUAAGGCCAUCAUGCAAAAGUAUUGCGUGACCAGCGCCCUCUAUCAUAAGUUUCAACAGCUCUUUGAUCGUAUCUUCAUUUGUGAGCACUACAGUCCGCCAUUAGCGUUGCAGAGGUCAGAGGUCGAUCAGGGUCAACCUAACAGGAAACACAUUUGCUGGAUGCUGUUUCUCCUUGCAAAAGGAAGUUUACGGCAAGCAGCCAAUGAGCUUGUGAUGCCUCUCCACCUGCUGAUGGGCUGCAUCGAUUACAUUGCAAAACUAUCACCAGCAUUCUUUCUCCAGGAACCCUUUAAUUCUGCUCACUAUUCUCAAGACACAGACGACGCCAUAUUGGAAGCGCUGUGUGCUGAGAUGAGUUGCCUUGGUGAUAUCACAGAUGUCACGUCAGUACGGGAAUCUUGCCUGACUCCGAUCAUUCGGGCCAUUCCUAGGGAGAUGCUGAACCAAGGGCUAGAAGGUCUUCCACAGUUGGAGUACCUACAGCAGCAAUACGAACAAGUCUAUCGGACAGCUGGUGAUAUAGACGAACAACUUUUUCUGGACCAAUCAUCACAUCUCUUCGUUCAAAAGAUCCCAGCCAAUGAGCCGCCUAGUUCCCCGGAUAGCAGUCAUGAAAGGGACCAAUCAGCCGUUCCGAUGACGCCAGUUAAGAAAGCCAUCAGUUCUGUGAAAAGUUUGAAGUUCUUGUUGUCGGAAGCAAGUGACUCUCCAUCCUCGCUUCUCCUGAAAUACUUCAAGAGCUGCAGUCUGGACCCAAGCUCCAGCAUUGCACAACGAGUGACUAAAGAGAAAGAAGAAUAUGUCCGUCACUUCAAGAGGAUCAUGGGCUCUCCGUCCGGCUCCGUGGCGAGGUCCAGAUUCCAGAUCGGGGUUCGGCUGUACUACAGGGUCAUGGCAUCCAUGUUGAAAAGAGAAGAAGAAAGAUUAUCCACCAAAGAUUUCUCGUCGCUGCUUCACAGCGAUCUCUUUCACAAGUCUCUGCUUGCCUGCGCACUGGAGGUCGUCAACGUAACAUAUGAAUACUCACCGAGUGAGUUUUCCGCAAUGCCUGGCAGUGCAUCCCGUCUCUUGUUUCCAUGGUUACUGGAUGUCUUCUCCCUUACGGCGUACGACUUCAGUAAGGUGCUGGAGAGUUUCAUGAAAGAUGAGCCAAGACUGACCCAAGAGGCCAAGAAGCAUCUUCAGUCGAUUGAGACGAGGAUAGUUGAGAGUAUGGCGUGGCAAUCCUCAUCACCACUUCAUGAUGUCAUCCAAACAGCUGGAACCACGUUACAGUUAACGUCACCUAUCACGGCAAGUUCAAGGACCAAUGGGUUGAGUUCAACAAAUACAACAGCAGCAGAUAUGUACCUAUCCCCUCUCAGGCCAAACCCAAGACUCCUAGCAACGCCCAGAGAGGCGACACCCACACCCUCCGCCCUAACCAGCCCCGCCCCACAUCACCCAUCACAGGUCGGCAGCAACCUCUCCCCUCAACCCAGUAAUAUCCCGAUGUCGCCGCGGAAGAUGAGAUCCGUGUCGCUGAACAUGUUUCUGAACAAGGUGCUGCAGCUUGCGUACGGCAGGCUGGAGAGGCUAUGCAACAUGCUCAAUGUUUCCAAAGAUCUGGAAAAGUACAUGUGGACGUGUGUCGAGUAUUGUGUAACCAACAAGGCAGAUCUACUGAAGAACAGACAUCUUGAUCAGAUAUUAAUGAGCUGUAUAUAUUCCAUAUGUAAAGUAACGGAUAGUGAGCUGAAAUUCAAAGACAUCGUUAACGCUUAUCGGACCCUGCCACAUGCUGAGGCUACGACAUAUCGCAAUGUGGACAUUGAUGGUACCAACGAAGAUUCUAUCAUCAUCUUCUACAAUAGAGUAUUCAUGCCAUCCAUGAAGAUCUACAUUCUGCAAUUUCAACUGAAGAAUCCAACGCCAACACUCUCUCCUGCCCCUACUAGGUCUUCAACACUCGCCCAUGCCUCGCCUGGUUAUAGGGCUGCCCCAAACUUAUACAUCUCACCCAUGAAGGAAUCGCCCUUCAAGAGCCCCCACCCAGUCAGAGAAGUUGCCUUCAGGUCGCCCAGCCAGAACACACCCAGAAAAAGAACUCGAUACAGUUUUGGCGAUGGGCCAGGGUCGGCAGAGAAGCUACGUGAGAUAAAUGAGAGGAUGAGGGAAGCCAGUGUGGACAGCACCAACAAUACUCGCUCCAGCACCUCCAAGAGGCUCAAGUUUGAGGAUGAGGAUGUCCAGGCCUCGACAACAUCUCAAACCAACAGCAAUGGUUCAAACGGCAACAAUGUGUCCUCAACCAACAGCCAUUCGAUUUCCAAACCACUCAGUGAUGAUCCAAUGGGAACGAGACCGUUACCUCCCAACAUGCAACACAGGGUAGCCAUGAUGACUUCCGACAGGAAUGCUAGCCUUGGAGUUGUCGAGAGCAAGAAGUGAUCAGAGAGUUGAAGUGUAGGUAACAGAAACAUCCGAGUUAAGAAAAUCAUCCACACUUUAGUGAAAAGGUUAAAGACUUUUCUAUUGCAACGUUACAUCAAGUUUUGUCCCCAAACUGUUUGACUGUUUGAAAAGCUUUGAAG